AUGCGAACCACACGAAUCGUUAUCCUCCUCAUCUUCUUUACCGCCACCCUCUUUGUCUUCUUUCGAGCCGUUCUGUCCGCGACACGAUCGUCACCCAUCGCUCAUCCGAAGCCAUCAACCGCUAGAAAGUCCAUUCUAGGACUUGUUUACUACAACCCGCCAUUUUCCCUCUUCCAGCCCAAUGCCGCCAUCAGCUUGACGGAUGACAACAGCACAUCAUUUGCAGCGAGACCUGCCGCCUUUGGUCCUCAGCUGGUGCCCCGUGGCUUGAGCGGACAGCUUUGGGUCGGCAGUGGAUUUGCUGAGGAUAGCCUGGAAUCGCCUGGAGAACUUGGCUGCAGCGAUAUCCCCGGCUGGGAAGGCGGCGCCAGUCCCCAAGCGAUACUCAAGUCGUCAAUCAAAUCAGUGGUAGCUCAUCACUCGCCAGCCGAAAGCAAACCCGUUCGAAGCAACAAGAGCGCAAAAAAAUCACGACAAGAAAUCGGAUCGGACGACGAGACACCCAAAACCCCGCGUUCUAUUGAUGACGGCACCGACAACUACCUGCAUGAAGCCCUUCGCAAUUCUCUCGCGCGGCGAGAUCCUUCGGCAUCAUCGCAUGCUGAUAUACAGUCGAUGCAAGAAUCUGCAGAAAUCGAGGGCAAGGUAGUGCUGCUAAUGCGCGGAGGCUGCGGAUUCUUGGAAAAGGUCAUGUGGGCACAGCGCAGGGGCGCCAUUGCCGUCAUUGUUGGCGAUAAUCAGCGCGGAGGCCCACUAGUCAAUAUGUUUGCGAGAGGUGAAGAUGCGGAAAAUGUCACCAUCCCGUCUGUAUUCACCGCGCGAACCACUGCCCAACUUCUGUCGUCCCUCACACAGCCAGGAAGCUUCAUUGAGGAUAGUAUCGAUGAGGGUGGAAAUCCAGUGUUGAAGGUGCAGAAGGGCGUAAAAUCAUCCCCGAAGAAGUUCGAAGAGAAGACGAAAUCGGCUGUUCAAGGUAAGGCCAACCCGACAGCAACGGCAAGCAAACCCUUUCGUCGCGCUGCCAAGGAACUCACCUCAGUGAACAAAGGUGACCGCAGCUGGCUUUCCCGUACGCUUGGUUUUGGAACAAGCUCAAGCCGCGCAAAUUCUGAGUCCCCGUCCGCUCAUGGGAAACUGGAGUGGGUAAUGGUCGAUGAAUGGGACAACGAAAUCGACAAGAAGAUCUCCGAUAGGAUGAAGGGUACCAAAAGGCAGUCACAGAAGCCAGCCAAGGUGGUGGAAGACGAGUUUCGUAUUGGUGUGCAGGACUGGCGCGACCCAAAAUUUGUCGAUAAGUCGCAUUCGAGUGACAAGGCCAAUACCGUCAGCUCAGUCUCCCGCAAGACAGAAAGUAAGCCCGCGAGCAGGCUUUCAGGGAAAGACGCAGCAUCUAACGCCAAUACCAACUCCCCGUCGAAGUUUGGCCACAGCCGUGGUCUCUUCAGAACAGUAUUUGGAGAUGAAGAUCCAGCUGAGGAUAGCGAGCCCCCAGAUGCAUUAGAUGAUGAUGACAAGACGGACCCCCCUAAGCACAAUGAGCCAACCCCCGGACCUCAUCAUGGCCUCUGGGUCACCAUCACACCCAACAGCGGCACUAGUCCCUUCUUUGACACUCUGCUUGUUCUUGUUGUCAGUCCUCUCGUGACUCUCAGCGUCGUCUAUGCCUUAUUGAUCCUGCGAGCACGUAUUCGUCGUCGACGCUGGCGAGCUCCAAAAUCUGUUGUGGAGCGCUUACCAGUUCGUACUUAUCACACUGUGGCAACAACUCCUAGCAUCUCGCCACAGGCUUCUUCUCCUUCCGCUUCGUCGCCGACUACCCCUCUGCUUCAGCAUAGCCCGUCGCGGCCAAGACCUCGCUCCCGUACGACCACUGGUGUCCCCGAGAGCGCUAAUCUCCCUGUUCCGAGCCCGCCCAUUCCCACUGCCUCGAGCGGAUCCCGACACCGAGCUGGAAAUGAGCAUGAAAAGGGAUCGAGUGGCUUCUCUGCUGAAUGGCGGAAGUACAUGGGACGGCAAGUUGAGUGUGUUGUAUGCUUGGAAGAGUACGUUGACGGCGUUAGCCGUGUAAUGAGCCUUCCCUGCGGUCACGAAUUCCACGCCGAGUGCAUUACUCCUUGGCUAACAACUCGGCGCCGGACUUGCCCUAUCUGCAAGGGUGAUGUUGUCCGCUCUCUUGCACAUUCAUCUCGAUCCAUGCCUCGGUAUGAGCCCUACCGUGAGGACAGCGAUGACGAUGCGAUGGCUUCUUCGAGCCUGGCAUCCGAUGUUGAGCAGGGCAUUAGCCAAUCAGAUGCACAAAAUGGUCAAAGCUCUUCCCGUGGAGAUGGCCGGCUUGGGGUCGUCUCGCACAGCCCUGGUAAUGGCGCGCAACACGUGCCAUCAAGAUCGCCGUCACCCGCGCAGCGUCGGCCCAAUCCGAACUCCUAG